AUGAAACCCAUAAAAGAAUCAACCUGCAGGACCAGCUGCUGCCAAGAGCCGCUAAGUCCAUCAGCUCGUUUGUUUCAGGAACAGCAACUCAACUGCUAUAUUAUCGCAGCUUUGGGGUGGAAGACAAGUACUAUCAAUCCUAGCAUCGUAAAGGAGGGAUUAGAGCAGACUUUGAUUAAGCAUCCUCGUUUCUCCAGCAAGCUGGUGGCUGAAGAUGGCAAAGGCCGGAAAUUGAAAUGGGUUCGCACAAAAGUAAAUGUAAAUGAUCAUGUUAUUGUUCCAAAUUUGGAUCGAAAUAUGGAUUCUCCUGACCGAUUUGUGGAGGACUAUAUCUCAAACCUAUCCACAAUUCCUAUGGACAACUCUAAACCAUUAUGGGAAAUGCACUUACUCGAUGUUCAAACAUCGGAGAACGAAGCUGUGGUGGUUUUCAAGCUCCACCAUUCUAUGGGUGAUGGAGCAUCACUGAUCUCAGUUCUUCUAGCUUGUUCCCGGAAAACCUUGGACCCCAAAGCAUUGCCUAGUCUUCCGGUGCCGAAAAGAGCUGGUUCUAGUUGUACUGCCUCGAGUGGUUUGUGGUCGCUAUUCUUGGCCAUGUGGACAGCAUUAAGAAUGAUUUGGAACACUGCCAUGGAUUUCAUUUUAUUUGCAGCAACAAUAUUGUGUUUGAAAGACACAAACACUCCUCUUAAAGGUACUCCAGGAGUCGAGCUGAAGCCCAAGAGGUUUGUGCAUCGCAUUGUAAGCAUGGAUGACAUUAAGAUGGUGAAGAAUGCCAUGAACACGACCAUCAAUGAUGUGGUAAUGGGAGUUAUACAAGCUGGUCUCUCACGAUAUCUCAAUCGGAAAUUUGGUGGUGACAGCAAAAUUGAAAGAGGAGGUGACGAUGGGCAUGGCAAAAGUGAUAAUGGUGGAGAUCAUAGUGAUGGAGUGAUAAAGGUGACUUUCGCUAAUUUGAUGGCCGAGGAAUCCAAUAUCCCGAAAUGGGGAUGGGGUAAUUGGAUAGGAAUCAUUAUCCUCCCCAUCACCAUUUCCUUAGAAAAUGACCCAUUAGACUAUGUACGAAGGGCUAAAGCCACAAUCGAUCGAAAGAAACUCUCGCUAAAAGCUGUGUUCACGUUUCGGAGUGUCAUGUUCAUACUCAAGUUAUUUGGAACCAAGGCAGCUGCUGCUACAACCCACAGAACUUUUUGUAACACCACAAUUACGUUUUCAAAUGUUGUUGGUCCGAUAGAAGAAAUUAGCCUGUUUGGUCAUCCCAUUGCUUAUAUUGCUCCAACCAUUUAUGGGACUCCCCAUGCAUUGACAAUUCAUGCCCAAAGUUAUAGCAACAAAAUGGCCGUAGUUCUAGGUGUUGAUCCAGAUGUGAUUCCUAAUCCUCAUGAACUUUGUGAUGACCUAGAGGAGUCUCUUAAAAUCAUCAAGGAUGCUGUCGUGGAAAGAGGACUUAAUGCUUCCUAA